AUGCCGCCAAAAAAGAGCCUUCGGCGGCGGCCCGCGACGCCAAAUCUUAACGUCGCUCAACUUCGAGCUCAAGUACAAGAAGUCCAGAAUCAACCUCUCACCGCCGACCCCAACUCGCCACCAGAAACCCCCACCACAUCGCCGCCCUUCCUACGCAAGACCAGUCUGAAACCUCGGCGCCAACCUGACUUUCAUGAUUACUUUCAGUCAUUGGACUCGGAUCCUAACAUCAAGCCAACUGGCGAUGGACACCAAUUCAGCUAUCAGCCUUCAGUUGGCCCUCAUCAGCUAAGCCCUCGCUCGUCUUCCUCGUCCGGCAUGGCCGACGACACCAGUGAUGAGGACAGCAGUAGUGAAGAUGAGGAUGAAGAAGAUUCGGCAAGUCCCAGCAUACGAAGCAUGGGAAAUGCUACUGGCCCAGCCGUCUCCUCGCCAAUUGACGACUCUGCUAUGGAGCUUGGCGACGAUGAUACCGACAGCUCUAGUGAUUCAGACAGUUCAGAAUCUGACUCGGGCUCAGAAUCCGACAGAUCCGGUGCAACAGACGAGGCUGAGACCUCUCACAUUACUGUUACUUCAACGGCUACGGCUACAGUUGCUUGUAAUUUCACUGUGGAGGAUAUUGACCCUAUGGACAGCGAUUGCGACGGACUCGAUGUUCUACAACCUACCGAGAUUGAAUCCAAUCGCAGUCGCUCAAGGUCACGAAGCAGGAAAGCCCACAAGACUAUGGUCAAGGAUUUUAGAAAUCUCACUUGCAGCAACGAAACAUCAGACAACGAGCAAAGUCCUGAGGGCGAGGGCGAGGGCGAACUCGACGAGGAAGCGCAAUUCUUGAAGCGCCGCGAACAAAUCAAGAAAUUCCGACGUAUGAGUAUGGGUAGCAGCUUUGGCAAACGGACACACAGCGAGCUCAGCGACUCGGAGGAUGAGGGCGAGGGGCUCGACGCCAACGAGGUCGGCUCCAGCGCACGUCGUAUGCGGAGAAAGAUGCAUCGCACCAGCCUAUUAUUCCAUGAUCCGCCCCCUGCGCGGAUCGAGGAGCUUGAGGAGCCAGACUCCAGUGAGGAUGAACUUGUCGCGCACCAGCAUCUCGCAAGGGAAUUGCCUUAUUGGGCUAUUGAAAUUAUGGAGAUGGGCUCAAGCUCCAGCUAG